AGGCGAUUGCUGGGCUACGACAGCCGUCGGCUGUCUGGCAUGCGCCGGCGCACUGCGCAGUUCCGUCAAGGUCGGCCGCUGUGCGAAAUAGCACAGCACCGAUCAGCUCGGAAUGACCCCCCUAUUUGCGAAACAGACGCUUAUCACAGAGAUAAGAGAAAUUGCGUAUUGCCAGGGGUAACGUUGCUUUAGUUGUGGUAUCAAAAAGAUAACAAGUUACUUUUAUGACCCUCGCCGCCCCAUGCAUCUGCCGUUUGAGGGCCUGAUGCCAAUGUGUGUGUAAAUGGCGUCGCAGCUGGGAUACAGUACUCAGCCUCUGUGGGAACGUUUGCAAAUGUCGCAGCCGCCAGGAUUUGUAGCGAGACGCACAUGGCCCUCGGAUAAUUGUAUAUUUAAUGAAAAUCCAGCAAAAUUUCACCUCAGACCAUUACACAGAAGGAAUUAUUAGCUGUAACGAGUAUCAGACGCAGUUAUCUGAGGACGGUCUCUCCAGCCUCCCGGUGUAACGUAACGUCAUACAGAUCAGCAGCACCCACAGCGGAACGUAGCAUUCUACAAUAACAAAGAUGUCUCCUGUUCUUGCAGGGUCCACCUGUCCCCUGCUACAGGUGGAACAUGGCUCCCUCACUGAUUCUCCUCCUCCUCUGCCCAGCAUUUGUGUGGGAAACAUAUGGUAACCUUAUACAGUUCGGGAGAAUGGUAAAUUGUGUGACCGGGAGAAAUGCGAUCCUUUCAUAUUCAUACUAUGGAUGCUACUGUGGACUUGGCGGCAGCGGCUGGCCGGUAGAUGACACUGACUGGUGCUGCCACGCCCAUGACUGCUGCUACAGACGUACCUCCACAAUCCUCUGUGAUCCCUUCAUGGUGCAUUAUAAGUUCUCCUGCAGGAACGGGGACAUUACAUGCGGUAACAAGGACCUGGAUGGAUGCGCCAGGCGGACCUGUGAGUGUGACCGGCGGGCCGCCCUCUGUUUCCGGAAACACAACGACACGUAUUCUGACAGUAAUAACAACUACAACAAGAUAACGCAGUGUUUGGGGAAUGGACCACCCUGCUAAUCCCCAUAGGGUUCCGGUUCUAGAUCACGUCUGCGUGUCCUGCUGAUUAAAUGGGAUUAUAAAUAAUGUUUGCAAACACCUGUAAAAAGAAAUAAUUAAUGAAAUGUUUACAGCACUUUUAUGUGCUAGCGCAGAAGUCCGUUUGUGGGUUCCGUUCAUUAGCCGGUGUUGCGUCCCGCACUGCGGCGGUGGUCAGAGGCUGACUCACUAUCUUUCCCUGACACUGCCUACCUUGAAGCGGAGUCUUCAGUCUUUAGGUCUUUCUCCGCCCGGCUGGUUCCCGAACGCUGUCUUUCGGUUCUCACACCCGUCGGCGCAGGCUGAGUGACGUGUUCGGAUACCGGACUCUCCUGCUGUCGCUUUCCAACGCGUAUCGGACCCGAGGGUCCUUAGUCCUGGAUAGCGUCUAUGUGCUCAAUUUCUUCUUUUAUGCUGAGUCUUUAUUGGUUAAUUGGCUAAAUUAAAAUCAAUUAAAAUGUAUUUUGAACGUUACUAUCUUCUUUGUUAGUUUAAAUUCUGUUAUUUA